CGAUUUUUCCUGUCUGAAUCUCCUUUUAGAUCGCUGAUUUCUACGUAUUGCGGUCUUGCGGUAUUGUCAGGUGUUGUUUCCCCGCUGUCCCGGCGCAUUAAUUGUUGUGUCGUGUGUGAGCGAACGGAUUAUUGUUGAGGAUUGCGAUGCCGAUAAUGAAACGACGGCUCAAUCAACAAAUCGAGUAACACGAUGAGAAAACGAUGAUCUCAGCGUACGGUUUGUCCCGUCGAUGUUGAUCAAAAGUGCAUGUAAAUUUUCGCGCUUCGGUCUAAAUCAGGUUAGAUUCACGAAGUUGGUAGUUACGCGUCUUUAAUCCUACGAAAUAAAAUUAUGUCGUUUCAUUCAGAGAGGAAGAAAGUGGAAACCAACAAGGUGAACGACAUGGAUAUCACAUCAGACUUUGCUUGUCUUAAGGUAUCUGCAUUAAAGAAGGCAUCGCAUAUAUCAGCGAUUACAAAAAUGGAUCGUAUCACAAUUGGGCCUCAAUCAACACUGAAUGAAGAAGAUUCUAACAAAGCAGACAACAUUGAGAAUGAACAAAAUUCCUGUAACAUUAAAAGUCCAUAUAGAUUUGUUACCAGUCCCAAACACAACAUGGUGUCCACUUCAAAUGGCAUUCAUUUUUCGGUCCAUAAGAUUGUAGCAGAGAAGGAGGUGCAAAGAAAAGAAGAAGUCAGGAAAGUAAUAGAGCGUCGUAUUCAGCACAUGAACGAGAAUGCUCGUGUCAUUCAGGAAGAAAUGGAAAAUUCGCGCUCAUCGAUGGCACGUGAACGCGAACGCCGGAGUAAAGAGAAGUUGGAAUAUUUCUUAGCUGAAGAGGAACGAUUGGCAGAGCAGGAAGAGAUCAAGAGGCGACAUGAGCAACAAUUGCAAGCACAACGUGAUCAAGAGCAAAAAGAAAAGCUUGAACGAGAAGUGGAGGAAUAUCGAAAAAGAAUGAAAGAAAAGGAACUGUUGAAGACUGUGUCAAUUCAUCGAGACCAGUUUAUGGCCAAGUACUGUGAUCUCGUGGCAUUAUCCAAAACCUGCAAAGACCAGCAAAUGUUCAAUGCAAUCUUUACUGCACAUACCGCGACGAUAAGAGAUAUGCUCCAACAAAUCGAAGCUAUAGACGAGAAAAUCAGAAAUGGAGAAUUGAUACCAGCAGAUGAAAAUCUUAUCGAGGGUUUGGUUUGCCACUUCAGUAAUAUAUUAAAUGUAUUUCGUACAGAAUCAGAAAAAAUAAAUGCUCAAUAUGAAGCGGAAUUGGCUCGAAAAGCGCAAGUUGCAAGCGAGAUACUGCUAGUCAAAGGGACAGGCAAUGUUCCAGUUAAUAAUGCAAUACCUUAUCAACAAUCAGAUGAGAGCAAUGUUGUAAAAAACAAGGAGGAAGACGGUAGUUUCAAUGUGAUAACAAAUCAGGAAGUAGUAGUAGUUACAUCAGUUAACGAAGUAGAUGCACCGUCUGUAUCUGAUCCUCAAUCAGAAGAAAUUAAAGAUACUGCAUGUAAAAAAGGCGAUCCCUUCGAGUAUGUCGACCAAGAUUCAUUGCAGAUUUACAUCAGGAGCCAUCAAUUCUUGAAUCAUUAUAGAGAAACUUGUAAAGACUUUUUACAAUCGCCUGCAACAAAGAAAUUUCGCUUUGAGUGUCAAAAGGCGAUCAACAUCCCUGUAAACGCGAUUUCUGGUGUAAGCGAGCAACACUUGAGAGAUAAAUAUGACAGACUGCAGAAUCUUUUGACUGGAAAAUUAAUGCCUAACAUAACACAACAUCCACAAGGAGUAAUUUUCUGUAAAAAUCAUCUGGCGAAAAAGAUAGUUAGUCAAGGCGAGACUUUGGUGUCUAGCAAACCAGAAAUGGCAUUUCCUGUAGCGAUGAUUGUUGUGGCUCUUUGGAACGAACAUCCUGAUUUUGGCGAAUUGUUUCUGGCGCAUCUUCACGAAGCGUGUCCGUUCACUAUACCAGUUUUUCUGCAGCAACAAGAGGGUCAGUCCAAUGAAGAUUAUUACAAAUCUCUUGGUUGCAAAUAUUCUGAAGAUGGCACUGUUGAGAAGCAAGACAAAUUCUUAAAGAGGAUGUCGGGAUUAAUUAGAUUGUAUGCGUCGAUUACUGUUACGAAACAGCGGAAAAGUGUUACCAAAGUUCAUCCUCACGGUCUUCAACAUUCCUGGAGAUGGCUAGCGGCUGUUUUGAAUAUUGAACCACGAGCCGAUAUUUGUGAUUUGUGCGCGACUUUGAUACUGGAUAUGCUUGAGGUCGCCGGUAAUGUGCUGUGGACCUCUUAUCCGAAGCAAUUUUAUAAAUUGUUGACACUAUUGAUGGAACAGUAUUUUCCGCGAAUGCGUAAUGUUGCGGGCGGUGGUGGCGGGCCUCUAGUACGGUUAGAAGAAUUUCUAAACAACGCUCUGUCAUCUGGCAUCAUACGUCUUGCCAACGGAAUGCUUCCACCGAACUUUUUGUGAUCUUCCGUGAGAUCAUCUCGACGACGUAGUGACUUAAACGUAGGCUAAAAUUUACUACGAGUCUAA